UUUUUGUUUAACAACUACUCGCUGCUGCUCCUCCGCCCGCGCCAUGUGAGCGCACUCUCGGAACUCGCAAAGAUCUCCAUGGCUCGCGCGCGUGAGAAAGAUCCUCAUCCUCUUCUCCCACCUCUCCUUAACCACUUCGAAGCUUCUCCCCUUCCCUCCCCAUCUCACUUCCCGAUGUAUGGCAAAAGACGUUGUUUGAUCGUGGAGAAGGAUGGGCUGCACUUCAUCCAUCCCAAUCUCGUGUAUUGUGGGAAGGAGGAGGAGGAAGAAGCCGAGCAGCAUCCAUGAGGUGGCCGUGUUCGUCCCGGCCCUCCGCAUCCCCUUGGCCGUGGAUCUUGUUCGGCCCCUCAGAGGUUUAGUGUCUCGGGAUGUUUUAGAUAAGCUAUCCACACUUCGGGGCCGGAUUGUGUCGUUGGCUGAAGAAAGUUAUCUUGCUGCUGUGCCUACUGUUUCCGAACUCGAGCGAGCUCUCGAAGAGUAUGUGCCUGUUCUACUUGGUUUGACCAAGAAAGGUAUGAUCUUUCACACGCAUUUGUUCUUUUUUCUACUGAUUUAUGGCUUUAAAAUGGUAUUUAGUAAUUGGUACUCCCUAGAGCACCGUCUUGAGGCAUCAGUGGAAUUCAAAUGGAAAAGCUUGGGAGAUGAUGAUCAAGAAACUUGUUUUGCAAGCGCCUGGUAUGAGUUGCUGUCGGUCGUUCACAUGAUGGCUAUGCUGUCAUUGUUGGAGGCAAAUCUAAUGCUUGUUCCUAAGGAUUCUAUGGAUGAGUGUGGAAAGGUGGUAUCAGAAGAUGCCAAGAAGGUUGCUGUUGAUUUGUUGCUCAAGGCAGCAGGGUGCUUGGAUUACUGUGUUCGUCAUAUACUUGUUCAGUUGCCUAUGCAAAUUAGGAAGAGUCUGCCAAGCAGCUUGCAAGAGGGAAUGUUGGAGGCCAUCUCUGUUCAAGCAUUGGCCCAGAGUGUAGAGAUGCAGCUUGGCUUGGCUCUCGAGUGUGAAAAGGCCACAUUGUCUGUAAAGAGGAGGUUGGCAUGCGAGGCAGUCAGCUAUUUCUCCCAGGUUCACUACUGCAUGGCAGGAUGUGACACCAGUGAUGCAUAUGGAAAGAAGCUUCUCUUGUUCAUCAAAUGGAAGUACCUAGAGGCUAAGGCAGCAGCAUAUUACUAUCACGGUCUUGUCCUUGACAAGGGUAAUGGAUCUAGCAAUCAUCUUAAUGCAGUUUGCUGCCUUUUUGUUGCCGAGGAGCUGCUCACAGAUAGCAAGAGAGCCUGCUUAAGCUUUUGCUUGGCAGCCCCGGUCACCAGGGUCCCUCCUGCAUGGGGUGUCAUGAAGCAUUUACGUAAGAAAAUACCUGAAGUAGCCUCAAAGAAGUCUCAGAUGUAUGGUUAUCCUAUUGAGCAAGACAAGAAUGGAGCAUUCCAGUCCUUGCCUGACCUCCCAGAGUUUCCCCUCUCACUGAAACCUGAUGAUUAUGAGUUACCAAAUAUAGAUCCCUCAUGGGAAAGCAAGGAUUGCCAGCCUCAGAUUCAGAGCCUCAAGGCACAUCUCAAAGAUGAGGAGGAUGAUGAGAUGGGAACCGAAUGAAGCUAUGUUAAAUCACCUGGAAGCUUGACCUAUUUUAGUAUCGACGGACUCUGUUUCAUGUUUGUGUGUUGUGUUUGUUGCAGACAAUGCAUCUUUCAAAUACUAGCAUGAUUGUAAGCAAAAGAGAUGAAUUAAUGCCUUGAUAACAAAAGUAACAUGUCUUACUGUCUACAGUUCCUGGUCUGAUGACAGAAACUAAGCAUUUCCAAUCAAAGCGAGGUGACAUGGACAAAUAAUAGCUAUCUUGAAUCAUAAGUGGUUCAAGGAGUAUCAGAUCAUCUAUGUGAAUGGUAAACUACAAUGUAUGAAAAAGAAUUACUGAAAAUA